GCGCCGAAGCACGCACACAAACCUCACAGACGCAACACACAAAACUCUCAAAGCCUCAAACUCAAACGCUACUUCCAAAAGAGAGAAAAAAAAAAAUUAUAAAUCUCUCACCAUGAUAGCUUACUUAGAACACUUCGUGCACGGAAAUGACACGGAAUCCAUGCCUAACGACGACGUUUUGGGCGUCGAAGGUUCGUUCCACUUCGGCGCCACCGCCGCCGCCGGCAAAGACUUCGGCGGGAUGAAAUCCGUGAAGCCGUUGGCGGUCAUACGCCCCGCCGUUGCCGCUGACGUAGCGAGGGCGGUGAAAGCCGCAGCGCGCACGGCGAACCUCACGGUGGCGGCUCGCGGCAACGGGCACUCCAUCAACGGUCAGGCCAUGGCAGAGAACGGGCUCGUCCUCGACAUGCGCGCCAUGGAGGACCGCUUCACGCUCCUUUCCCUCGACGGCUCCCUACACGUCGACAUCUCCGGAGGGGCAUUAUGGGAGGAGGUCCUCAAACGCUGCGUUUCGGAGUUCCGCCUCGCGCCGCGCUCGUGGACGGAUUACCUUGGCUUGACCGUCGGCGGCACGCUCUCCAACGCCGGCGUCAGCGGCCAGGCCUUCCGUUACGGCCCGCAGACCUCCAACGUAACGGAAUUGGAAGUCGUCACCGGAAAAGGCGAAACCUUAGUCUGCUCCGAAACUCAAAAUUCAGAACUCUUUUUCGCAACUCUCGGAGGGCUGGGCCAGUUCGGAAUCAUAACCCGAGCCCGGGUCCCAGUUCAACCAGCCCCCGACAUGGUGAGAUGGAUAAGAGUGGUGUACUCGGAAUUUGAAGAUUUCACUAGAGACGCAGAGUGGCUGGUGACUCUGAGAGAAGGUUACGGUUUUGACUACGUGGAAGGUUUCGUUUUUGUGAACAGUGACGACCCUUGCAACGGCUGGCCCACGGUACCCACGGGCCCAAACCAACGGUUCGAGCUGGGUCGCCUCCCGUCGACGGCGGGCCCGGUUCUGUAUUGUUUAGAACUGGCGCUUCAUUACCGUAACGAAGACCACCCCUCCGCUGUUAAUAUGGAGGUGGAUAAAUUACUCGGACGACUCCGAUUCGUUGAGGGUCUAAAGUUCUCCCUGGAUGUGACCUACAUGGAAUUCCUGCUACGUGUGAAGCGUGUGGAGGAGGAUGCAAGAGCCAACGGCAUCUGGGACGCACCCCACCCUUGGCUGAACCUGUUCGUCUCCAAGUCCCACAUCGCUGAAUUCGACCGUGAAGUGUUCAAGAAAAUCCUCAAGCACGGUGUUGGUGGCCCCAUCCUAGUCUACCCUCUGUUGCGAUCCAAGUGGGAUAGUCGACACUCGGUAGUGGUUCCGGACAGCAACAUCUUCUACAUUAUAGCCUUGCUCCGAUUUAUUCCACCACCACCCAAGGGACCACCUACGGAACUGUUGGUGGAACAAAACCAUGAGAUUAUUCAGCUCUGCUGCAACAGAGGCUUUGAUUUCAAGCUCUAUCUCCCUCACUACCACUCGCAGGAGAACUGGAUGCGACACUACGGAGACAAAUGGACCAGAUUCCUCGAGAGAAAGGCCAAUUUUGAUCCCUUCGCUCUUCUUGCACCUGGACACAAUAUUUUUUCCCGAAUCCCUCAACCCUUGCCCAUCACAUAAAUAUAUUUACAUUAAUUAAAUAUAUUGUUUUCCUUUCUCUCAUCAUUCUCUCCUCUGUCACACCCUUCUACCCACAUAUUGUAAAUCAACAUUUUCGGGCUCAAAUUAAUGUGAAUCUUCAUCCUUUUCUGCUCUUAA